AUGGAUUCCGAAUAUAGGAUAAUACUGAAUGUUGGCGGUGUUAGACAUGAAACCUACAAGCACACAUUGAAGAAAAUUCCCGCCACAAGACUUUCCCGAUUAACCACUAAUCUCGCAAACUACGAUCCUGUUCUAAAUGAGUACUUUUUUGAUCGACAUCCUGGCGUAUUCUCACAGAUCCUCAACUACUAUCGUACUGGGAAACUUCACUAUCCUCUCGAUGUCUGUGGUCCAUUGUUUGAGGAAGAGUUAAAGUACUGGGGACUUGACUCAAAUGAAUGCGAGCCAUGUUGUUGGAUGACGUUAUCGGGGACACGAGACACCCAGGAAGUGUUGAAGACGUUGGAUGAACUGGAUAUUGAGGUCGAUAAUGCCGAUGGUCCAGAACUCUAUCAACGAUUUGGAUGGGAGGAUGACUACCAUAAUGAUAGUUUGAGCAGUUGGCAAAAAAUUAAGCCAAAAAUUUGGCGGUUGUUCGACGAGCCUGGCUCAUCCAGACCGGCAAAGAUAGUUGCUAUAAUCUCUGUAUUCUUCUUAAUUACUGCUAUACUGGUAUUCUGUUUGAAAACCCAUCCAGGUCUUCGAAUAUCCGAAAUUUCCGGCAUUGGUAAUUUGUCACGAGAAGCAAGAGCCGCUAAUCACUACAAAUAUCGGCCGGCCUCACUCACUGUGGACAAAACCAAUUCCAAAGCUCAUCCAGGGUUUAUGAUGGUUGAGACGUUGUGUAAUGUAUGGUUCACAAUUGAAAUAUUAGUCCGGUUUAUAUGUUGUCCAUCACGCAUGGAAUAUUUGAAGGCUCCGGUAAAUUUGAUCGACAUCGUUGCUACGGUUACAUUCUAUAUGGACGUAUUAUUUAACACAUUUGGUGCCUCAGCGGAUUUGGAAUUCUUCUCUAUUAUUAGGAUUAUGCGAUUAUUUAAGCUCACUCAUCAUAACAGCGGGUUGAAGAUUCUCAUGCAUACGUUCAGAGCCUCUGCGAAGGAACUCAUGCUUCUCGUAUUCUUCCUCGUUUUGGGUGUCGUAGUGUUCGCCUCCUUGGUCUACUAUGCAGAGAGGGUCGAACCGAAUCCGGAUAAUCAGUUCCAGAGCAUACCGAUUGGAUUGUGGUGGGCAAUUGUAACAAUGACCACCAUCGGCUAUGGCGACAUCACACCUCACACGUAUCUAGGACGAUUAAUUGGGUCAAUCUGUGCUCUGGCCGGAGUAUUGACGAUUGCGCUGCCGGUGCCUGUCAUCGUAUCGAACUUUGCGAUGUUCUACUCACAUACACAAGCUCGAUCGAAGAUGCCAAAAAAGAGACGAGGUGUGCUAUCGGUGGAUCAAGUCAAACAACAACCUCAUCGAGCAAAUGGACCACGAAGACUGGGUAAUUAA